AUGGCCACGGCAGCGGUCCAAGUUUCGGCCCCUGGCCCAGUCGGACAACCAGAUAUUGGGUACACUCCUGACCAUGACAAGUACCUCGAAAGAGUCAAAAGACGACGGGAAACCGAAAAACUCGAGCAGUCUCUCCCGCCUGGUUUCCCCCAAAGACUAGACUCGGACCUGGUGUGGGACGGCAACAACCUUGCCGAGACUUACGACUGGAACUACAGACUGACAGAAGAGGACAUCAACGAAAUCGAGUCCGCACUUCGUCAUUUCAAGAGCCUCAACAAACCCCUAGGCUACAUCACCCAAGAAACCUUCCCCCUCCCCCACCUCCACCACACCCUCCGCUCCCUCUCCCACGAGCUCCACCACGGCCACGGCUUCAAAGUCCUCCGCGGCCUCCCCGUCACCGCCCACACGCGCGAGGAAAACAUCAUCAUCUACGCCGGCCUCUCCUCGCACGUCGCCCCCCUCCGCGGACGACAAGACAACACACACUUGGGCCAGCCAGCCGACGUAGUCCUCGCACACAUCAAAGACCUGACCCCCACCGUCUCGGACAUCAACAAAAUCGGCGCGCCCGCCUACACCACCGAGAAACAAGUCUUCCACACGGACGCAGGCGACAUCGUCGCCCUUUUUUGUCUUGGCGAGGCGGCCGAGGGCGGGCAGAGUUACCUGUCUAGUAGUUGGCAGGUGUACAACGAGCUGGCGGCUACUCGACCGGAUCUGAUUCGCACGCUGGCGGAGGAUAAGUGGGUGGCGGAUGAGUUUGGGAAGGAGGGGAGGAAGUUUAGUGUUAGGCCGUUGUUGCACUACCAGCCUGCUGCUUCUGGGUCUUCUAGUACCGAGGGCAAGGCGGAAAAGCCGGAACGGCUCAUCAUCCAAUACGCCCGCCGCACCUUCACGGGGUACUGGGGCUUGCCGCGCUCGGCGGAUAUCCCGCCCAUUACGGAGGCGCAGGCGGAGGCGUUGGAUGCGCUGCAUUUUACUGCGGAGAAGUACGCGGUUGCACUGGAUUUUAGAAAGGGGGAUGUGCAGUUUGUUAAUAAUUUGAGUGUGUUCCAUGCUAGGGCCGGGUUUAGGGAUGACCCGGAGGAGGACGGGGAGAAGCAGAGGCAUUUGGUUAGGUUGUGGUUGAGAGAUCCGGAGCAUGCGUGGGAGACGCCGGAGGUGUUGAGGGAACGGUGGGAGCGCGUGUAUGGAGGUGUGAGCCCGGAGAAGGAGGUGUUUCCGCUUGAGCCGAGGAUUAGGAGCGCGAGUAGGGGGGAGAGCGUGGGGACGCAGGGUGGGGGAGGGUAUUGA